UUGCCACAUAGGUUGCCUAGACGCAAUGUUCGCUGAUGCAAACAAUUCUAUUAAAGAGCGGAUCUCGCGGAUGCAGUUAGUAAACAAUUAUUGUCUACAUGGCAAUUAACACUUAAAUAUUCUCAUAUAAUGCUAAUGGUGUUGCAAACGUCCUAACAUCGCGUUCCUGUCAGAUCUUGUAUUGACGUUUCGUUAUUGACAUAUACAUUUGUUUGUGACUCCUAAAUUGGACUGGUCCAAUACACGCAACGUUAGAAGAUUGCCAUGGCUAAGAGAGGACAUUAUAGUCGUUGGUCGGAAAAUGAUUUAUUAAUGGCCAUCGCGGCAUACAAAGACGGCGAAAGUGGUCUGAACGAAUGCAGCCGCAAGUUUGGAGUACCCAAAGCUACUAUUAAGAGGCACGCCGACAGAAACAACCAAGUCAAGGCUUUGGGCAGACAAGCCACAUUUUCCUCGCACAUGGAAAAAGUUCUUUCCUCGCACAUCCUUCAACUCGAGAAAUGCUCUUUCGGUUUAACCACCAACGAGAUCCGUAAAUUAGCGUUCGAUGUCGCAGAGAAGCACUCGCUUCCGCACACGUUUAAUAAAGAGAAAAAAAUUGCAGGUAAAAAGUGGUUUUAUGCUUUCAUGCGACGAAAUCCACAGCUUUCGAGGAUAAAAACAGGUACACUUGAGACAACAUUUAGUGACAGUGAAAGCAGUAGCAAUGAUUUAGUUGAUAAUGCACUUCAGGAGAAGAAAAAUACACAAUUCAAGAAUGUUUUCGAUAUAACGGAAAAAAACCCAGGUCCAUCGGACUUCUCAGAAUUAACAAAGAAGCCCAGUCUGGAGGAUAACGUUCCUUCGUGCAAUAAAAAAAUAACGUCUUAUAAAAAGACGCAAAAUGUGGACAUUGUUAAAGUUGAAGAGAAUGUCUCUGAUGAGUUCAGCGUUAAGCAAGAGAGUAGUGAGUUGGGGUGUUUGAAGAGGAAAUCGGAAAUCGAAGAGACGGAAAAUGUGCUACUGCUUAAAAUAAAUAAAGUGGAGGAUGAGAUUAAGAUUAAAUUGGAAAUUGAUGAGGACGUCGAUGAAUGCGAUAGGAUGGGAGAUGGUUUUGAAUUUGUCGAUGUUCGAAUGAAUGCUGAUGACCGCAACGAACAUUUUGAUAUAGUGAAUCCAAUUUCAUGAACAAAGACGAUUUCUAGAGCUAUUUUAGAUACAACUUCAUUUACAUGUGGAAAACUAUUAUAAUAGCAAGAACAUUUCCGUUGCGGUUUUGAUGUUUAGUUUA